GUCCUCCUGGGGUGUCUGCCGAUGCCAGAGAUGCUGGGGAGAAAGGAGACCCUGGCGAGGAUGGGCAUCCUGGGAAAGUCGGCCCCAAAGGCCCAGGAGGGUCCAAAGGCCCCCCCGGUCCACCCGGCCCCCGUGGUCCCAAAGGAGAAUCCGGAGACUACAAGACCACGCUCAAAUCGGCCUUCUCGGCGGUCAGGGGGGUCAACAUGCUCCCGCGGCGUGGGCAGCCCGUCCGGUUUGACCGCGUCCUCGUCAACGUGAACCGUCACUACGAGAACCGCUACGGCCGCUUCACUUGCGAGAUGCCGGGCCUCUACUACUUCACCUACCACGUCACCUCCCGGGGGAACCUCUGUGUCCAUAUCAAGAAAGGACAGGGCAGUCGAGGUGAGAAGGUGGUGGGGUUCUGUGACUACGUCCACAACACUUUCCAGGUCACCACAGGGGGUGUGGUGCUCCGCCUGGCGGUGGGCGAGUCUGUCUGGCUGGAGCCAACCGAGAAGAACUCGCUGAUCGGGGGGACGGAGGGAGCCGACAGCAUCUUCUCUGGCUUCCUGCUCUUCCCCGACGCCUGAGAGCACCCCCGACCGUGCGUGCUGCUUGCUCUCAGCCAGACUCUCCUGGGAGAGAUUGGUCAGCUCUAGAACUCAGGGCCUUUGAGCUUCAGCACCUGCUGCCCUUUCAGGACACUCCCGACUGCUGUCCGUUCCCACAUGCUUCCAACCGUUGCUCUUGUCCUGUAGCAUCAGGCCUGUCUUCAGAAUAAAUAAGCAUAUCCCCUGAAGAAUGAAUUUUUCUUUGCUUGC